UUGUACAAUUAGUUCGAGGAAAAAACAGGAAUGCAGAGAGUAGAGUAGAGACGAAGAAGUAUUAACCUCGAUAAUGAAGUUGUAAUAAAUUAUUUACGAUUAUUCACUUCUAUAUAUCAUCAAAUAGAGAUCAAGUAUGAAGAUUCUCAUAAGCAUAAAUAUUAUUAAAUGAAUUAUAGGUAAAAUUAUAGGUUAAAAAUUAAUAUAAUUGAAAACUUGAAAACUUGAAACGGGAAGGAGAUAUAAAGAACGAAGUGCAAACAAAAGUGGAAAGGAGAAGAUAGAAGUAGAAGUGGAAGUGGAAGUGGUGGUGGUAGGAAUAGUGGUGGUGGCAGUACGAGCGAACCAGAAGGUGGAGGAGGUUUGGGGAAGGUUUGCCAGCCGCCGGAAGAGCAUCGACGGUGACGGGGGCGGGGAAGCUGUCCACCGAACGGAACGACCGCUCGGUGAUACGAACAGCGAGUCAAACGGUUCCCCAAACGAAUACGGAUAUAUCGAUCAUCUACAAUAGUCGCCUAAUUUUGUGUUAGCCGGUAUCCAACGGCGGGGGAAGGAGGAGGAGGUGGAGGUGGAGGAGGAGGAGGCGGUGGUGGUGGUGGCGGUGGUGGCGACGGUGGUGACGACGGUGGUGACGACGAAGACGAUAGUGAUAGUGCUAGUGAUAGUAGUAGUGAAUGUGAUAGUGGUGGUGAUAGUGAUAACGAAUAGAAAUACAAUAAAAAAUACAAAAGAAAAAUAUAAUUUGGAAAAAAAUAAAAAGGAAUUGGUAAAGAGACACUAAGUAAAAAAAUAAGGAUGGCAGAUACAAGUCAACAACAACCAUUAUCCGAACCACACACGAAUGGAGUAAUGGAUGGUUUGACAGAAGAAGAAAAGAGCAAAAUGCGGCCUGCAGAUAUCGAUGCGGACAUGAGAGAGAUGGAAAGAAGGAAGAGAGUCGAAAUGAUGAUGAAUUCGCGACUUUUUCGAGAAGAAUUAGAACGCAUAAUUGAAACACAAAUGAAAGAUGGUGCUGGACCAUCAGGUCUAUUACAGCAAAUCUCGGACAUGAUGGGUGCACAAGGUGCUCGAUUCAACGGAAAUAUUUUUAAAAAUUCAAAUUGUGUAUUACCUAUCAAUGAUAUACGUGGUGUUGAAAGUAUGGGUUAUGCAAAGGGAGAAAAAUUAUUGCGCUGCAAAUUGGCAGCAGUAUUUAGAUUGCUUGAUCUCUAUGGUUGGACUCAAGGUGUUGGAGGACAAAUUACAGCUCGUUUAAAUCAAGAUCAAGAACACUUUUUAGUUAAUCCGUAUGGUUUAUUGUAUCAUGAAGUUACUGCUUCAAGUUUGAUUAAAGUUGAUAUGCAAGGAACAAUCGUGGAACAAGGAACAACCAAUUUUGGGGUUCAUGUGGCAGGAUUUCAAUUGCAUUCAACAAUCCAUGCUGCGAGACCCGAUAUAAAAUGCAUUGUUCAUAUUACCACUCCGUCCGUUACUGCUAUCUCGUCAUUGAAGUGCGGAUUAUUGCCAAUAGGACAAGAAAGUAUAGUAAUAGGAGAGGUAAGCACACAUCAAUAUAUAGGUGGAUUUUUUGAACCAGAAGAAAAAGAGAAGAUAGCAAGAAAUCUUGGUCCAAUGAACAAAAUCAUGUUGUUAACGAAUCGCGGUGCUCUCUGUUGUGGAGAAACUGUCGAAGAAGCUUUCUUCAAUGUUUAUAAUAUGGUCCUAGCUUGUGAGACUCAAUUGAAAUUAAUGCCUGCCGGUUUGGAUAAUUUAAAUCUUAUUUCUGAAGAAUCUAAAAAAGCUAUAUUCGAAGCUUCGAGAAAACCACCGACACCGCAACAAACGGUUCCAAUCUCUGAAACUACAGCUCUUACUGAGAAACUCGAAAAGCGUUGGCGAAUCGGUGGAACUGAAUUCGAAGCUCUUAUGCGGAUGCUUGAUAACGCUGGUUUCCGAACUGGUUAUAUAUAUAGAAAUCCGUUAGUGAAAGGAGAACCUCCGCGGCCUCGAAAUGAUGUAGAAGUACCGCCAGCGGUCUCAUCUUUAGGAUAUUUACUUGAAGAGGAAGAAUUAUAUAAACAAGGGCUUUGGAAAGGUGGUCGUAAAGGUACAGAUAGAUCACGUUGGUUAAAUUCGCCCAAUGUAUAUCAAAAGGUUGAGAUACUUGAAACAGGAACUCCUGAUCCGAAGAAAAUAACAAAGUGGGUGUCAGACGGAUCUCCGACCCAUAGCAGUACACCGGUGAAGAUCGACAGUGCCCUUCAAUUUGUACCGAAAAAUACCAAUCCAAAGGAAUUUAAACAAAUACAACAACAGAUAAAAGAUUAUCGUAGAGCAGACAAGAUAUCAGCUGGACCACAAUCUCAUAUAUUAGAAGGUGUUACGUGGGAAGAAGCUAAAAAGAUGCAGGAUGCCACUAUUAGCGGAACAGGAGAACAAGUAGUAUUGGUAGGCGCAGCCAGUAAAGGUAUUAUACAAAGAGGGUUUCAACACAACGCAAUGGUUUAUAAAACGCCGUAUGCCAAAAAUCCUUUUGAUGCUAUUACUGACCAAGAACUCGAUCAGUACAAACGAGAAGUGGAACGUAAACAAAAAGGAGAUAUCUAUGAUGAGUCGCAAUCAGAAUCGGAAGCAUUAUCAUCAUUUAAUGUCAGCCGCGCAACACAUGAAUCGAGCACUGCCAAAAGUCCUAUUCAAUCACCUGUAUCAGUAACAUCGGAAACAGAAGAGGAAAGCAGAGAUGAACCCCGAGUAUUACGAAUAGAAACGAAACAAGUGCCUGCACCAAGUCAACCUGAAGUUGUACUGAGUGAUGAUCCUGAUUCAUCCAGCAGAUACUACAGUCAAAACGAGUAUAAGAACAAGAUUGAAAAUGAAGUCUGCGUUGUUCGUAAGCGUGAUUAUUCAGUUGCUGAACUAUAUCGAUGUGAACCACGUUUAGAAAUUGUGCGAAGUGAUAUAAUCGCGAAGCGGUUAGUAACUACAUUAAUCGAAUACUAUCCUCGUCCUCCAAUUAUUUCAAUUGAUGAGGAAGUAAAUUAUUCGAUAGGAACAAAGUAUAAUGAUCUUGAACAAGUUUCAAAUCUAGUUUACUUAGAAGAUAAAAAAAUGCCAAAAGAAUUGUAUAAUAAAAAAAAACCAAAGGUUUGCAGAUCAUUGAAAUGGAAAAAUAAUGAAAAUUUAUUGGAUUUCUGUGAUAAAAAUUCUGAUGUUUCGGGAAAAAAUCGAGAUGCAAAUACAAAUUUAAAAUCGAUUGAUACAAGUUCUGUAGAACGGAUUGCUGAAAUGGUAAAUUGCAUUCGUUCAAAUGUUUCAUCAUCAAAAACAAGAUUGAGUGCAUUAUCUCGUUCUGGACUUAAAAUUUCAACAAAAUAUAGUUUAGAUCCUACUGAUAUGAGUUUAAUAUAUAGUUUAACUCCUUUUAUAAAUUCAGAUGAUCAUGAACAUAGCAGUAACAAAAUGUUGGAUGAAUGGUUGAGAUUAUCACCAUUUAUACUCAAAAAUGAUAAUGAUUUAAAACAGAAUUGUUUUUCGCGAUCAAGCAAAGAAAAGAAUUUCAAAAAUGAACAAUGGACUAAUGAAAAUUGCUUAGAUGAUAAAUCUGAUAAUUAUAUUUGGUCCGAUUUUGAUGGCGAAAGAUAUGAAUCUUCUAAUGGAAUAUGUCCUGAAAUUAUGAAUAACGAUCUAUACUUUGAUAAUGGACAUCUUGAAAAUCGUUCGAACGAAUCAUUGGAUACGUUAGACCUGCCUGAAGUCAGAGAAUUAAUCGAAACUACUGAUGAAUUCUUUCAAAAUGGCAUCAGCGAUAGUGCGAAUGAGAUUAUAGCCGAACUGAAUGUAAAUGAUACGUACGUGACUAUUUAUUAUUUAUUAAAUGAGAUUUUUGAAAAAGUUUAUGACAUACUCUCAGAUGUAAACAAACAAUAUAGAUCAUUAUCAUCUUCAGUUUCUGAACAUUUGUCAACUUCAACAUCAUGUUUAAGUGUGAAAAAUAAUGAUUAUGAGAAAGAAAAUGAAAAGUAUCAGAGCAAUCAAAAUGCUUCUAUUGUUGUUGUACACGAGAUUAUUCACCAUGUGAUAGAUAUGUACGAUGAAUUUAAAAAUGUGAAAGCCAGUAAAAACGUAGAUCUAAAAGAAAUAGAAAAUUGCUAUACUAUGAAUCACGAAAACGGCCAGCAAAUAAAUAAUUUGAUAACAUCAAACAAUGAUGAAUUGGAAAAAGCAUCUUUUCGAAAUGAACAAACUGCACCUAUUGCUAUUGCUUCUGCGAAUUUGAUUGAAAUAAAUGAAAAAAAUAAUGAAUCGCUUGAAACAGCAGAAGAAGCUGAUGAAAUGAUGGAAGCAGAUGCAAUUUUCGAAUUCCAUACAAUAGUGAAAAAGAAACAAACUAAUAUUAAUGACAAAGCGUUUGAAUUAAAUUUCCGCGUAGAGAAAAACCAUAACAUUGAAAAUAUUAUUGAAAAUAAAAUAUCACGUAAGCAUGAUAUAGAGAAUAAUAAAGUCGAGAAUUUAUUUAUUUUACCAUCAAAUACAACUAUAAAUCCUACGAACAUUAAUAUUGAACAAGAUAGAAAUUCGAAUAAUUCGCUCGAAAAUGAUAAAAGAAAAAGAUUACAUAUCACGGAUGUUUCUGAUCCUAUAGAUACAUGCAUCGAUUGUAUUCAUUGUAUGAAAUUUUAUACGGUGAAUUACGAUCAAGAAUGUCCUUCAUUAAUAUCUAUAAAUGAAGAAGAAUCGAACGAAGAGAUUACAAAUUUGAACUAUGAUCGAUUUAAUGAUAUAAAUGACAACACAGAUAUUCAAGAAGAAAAUCAGCAUAAUGAUCUUAUGAAUGAUAUAUAAAAAUAGCAAAGAAUUAUCUAAUCGCGUUUUAAAAAGUACCAGAAAUAUUUUUUUUUAAAAAGACGCGAUCAAAUAUUUUUUUUUUUUACAGU